AUGAUUUGGAAAGUAGCCGUGUUACUCGGCGCAGUCCUGGGAACUGGUGCCAUGUUCCUGGACGAUCCUGAGGAUGGAGGCAAGCACUGGGUGGUGAUCGUCGCAGGCUCGAAUGGCUGGUAUAAUUACAGGCACCAGGCAGACGCAUGCCACGCUUACCAGAUCAUUCAUCGGAACGGCAUUCCCGACGAGCAGAUCAUCGUCAUGAUGUACGACGACAUCGCCAACUCUGAGGACAAUCCCACCCCAGGCAUUGUGAUCAACAGGCCGAACGGCACGGAUGUAUACAAGGGAGUCCUGAAGGACUACACCGGAGAGGAUGUCACCCCGCAGAACUUCCUCGCUGUGCUGAGAGGUGAUGCCGAAGCGGUGAAAGGCAAAGGAUCUGGGAAAGUCCUCAAGAGUGGCCCCAAGGAUCAUGUGUUCGUUUACUUCACCGACCACGGAGCCACCGGACUACUGGCCUUUCCUAACGAUGAUCUUCACGUAAAGAACCUGAGUGAGACCAUCCGUUACAUGUACAAACACAAAAUGUACCAGAAGAUGGUGUUCUACAUCGAGGCCUGUGAGUCUGGGUCCAUGAUGAACCACCUGCCCGACGACAUCAACGUCUAUGCGACCACGGCCGCCAACCCCGACGAGUCGUCCUAUGCCUGCUACUACGAUGAAGAGAGGAACACCUACCUUGGAGACUGGUACAGCGUCAACUGGAUGGAGGACUCGGACGUGGAGGACCUGACGAAGGAGAGCCUCCACAAGCAGUACCGCCUGGUGAAGUCGCAUACCAACACCAGCCACGUCAUGCAGUAUGGCAACAAGUCGAUCUCUGCCAUGAAACUGAUGCAGUUUCAGGGCAUGAAACACAAAGCCAGCACGCCCAUCUCUCUGCCACCUGUCACGCACCUUGACCUGACUCCUAGCCCUGAGGUGCCCCUCGCCAUCAUGAAAAGGAAACUGAUGAGGACCAAUGACCUGCAGGAGUCCAAGAAGCUGGCUGAAGAGAUCCAGAGGCACCUGGAGGUGAGGAACGUCAUCGCCGUGUCGGUGCGCAAGAUCGUCUCCCUGCUGGCCGCGUCGGAGGCCGAGGUGGAGGGCCUCCUGUCCCAGCGAGCCCCGCUCACGGAGCAUGACUGCUACCAGGCCGCCGUGGCGCACUUCCGCACGCACUGCUUCAACUGGCACUCGGCCACGUACGAGUAUGCGCUGAGGCACUUGUACGUGCUGGUCAACCUUUGUGAGAAGUCUUACCCGGUCGACAGGAUAAAACUGUCCAUGGACAAGGUGUGCCUCGGCUACUACUGAGGAGCUGCCCCUGGUGCUUUCCAAGUGGGAACACCGCCCCUUAGAACGUGUGUUGUCAGGGACUGAAGAACAGUGGAGCAACGUGGAGGCCCGGCAGCCGUGGACUGCAGGGUGCUGCAGGCCUAGCUCCCAAAGAUGGCUGCUCGCCUCUCCCUCCUUCCCUGGCCUUCUGUGGGACAUGUGUGAGGCUCUGAAAAAAACAACAGGCUUGGGUGGGGCAAGUCCGGUGUGGAGAGAGGUAUAUUCGCUUUUUUAGAAGGUUUUUUUGGUUCUGACCCAUUAGUUUUAAGGAGCAAGAAGCUGACGAGGGCUUCUGCAGCCAGUGAAAGAAACUUUGUUCUGAGAAAUCUGAAGCCAAAACCUCUUUAAGACUUCAGGAUGAUUUUACUGAAAAAGGCCAUAAACACCAAAUGGAAAACUAUUUUUAGAAAACCUCAUAAUUUUUGAUUGCUUUUGUAUUUUAUUCUGCAGUAAUGAACAAGUCCUACAAAAUAAAGAUUUGUAGCAGAAA